CUUUCUUCCCCAUCUUACAUCUUUCUUCCUUUGCCGAUCCUUUACUUAGUUUGGCCCCUGUGUAAAUAUCUUUUCCUUUUUGUUUGUCAUCUGGCAGAGCCUGGGAGCUCCCAGUAUUGGGCUAGGAGUUUAUUUACAAUGUUCUAUUAUUUUUUUCUGUCUUCAUCUUUCUUUUUCUCACGAAAAAUUCUAUUCCUGACUUACUGAAAUGAUUGCGUAACUCACAAACAGGCAACUCCCUUUCUUUUUACCAAGCUUAUAUCAUAUUAUCAGGUCAUAAGAUGCCGGUCUAUCUUUCACAAAUGGACAACAGCCCCAUUUCUGCAUUCCCAAGAAAGUUUACAAAGAUCAGAUACAUCAUCAAUGGCAAGCAGUUUGAAGAUCUGUUGAUGGAGCUAGAGAAAAUCUCCUGGAAAGCAUUUGAGAAUUGAGAAUUUUUUGGGCAACUGCAGAGCACAAAACUACAUUCAGCUGGUUGAUGAAUUUCUUACGGCAUACAAGACCAUGAAGGGCACUGAAGAUUCAUUUUCUGCAUUGAUAUUUGGAUUUCUUUAGAUGCAAGUUUCACCAGGACAUUCCCAUAAUAGAAAAAUGAUAUCAUAUCAUAUAUAUCAUAUGAUAUCAUAUAUGAUAUCAUAUCAUAUCAUAAUAGAAAAAUGCAAAUUGAUAAAUGCAAGAAGCAUUGUAAACCAAUUGCCUGAAUUUAUACUCAAGUUAAACAAUGGUACAUUUGAUAUUAUAUUUGUAUGCGAAACAUGGCUGAACUUAUCCAUCCCUGACUCCAUUAUUUUAGACAAAGAGUACCAUGUUUUUAGAUCAGAUCGUGAAAUCCGCAGAGGAGGUGGAGUAGCUAUCUUUCAUAAAAAGUCACUGAAUUUCUGAUUCAAGAUGGCACCGACGAAGGCUGCCUUGGUGAAAUGCUCUCUAAUGGUUUCUUUAUUUCUAAUUGUUCUCUGUGACUCACUAUGGAUUUCCUACUCACAAGACCAUCUGCUAAAAAUUAAGCAACAUUUCUUUAAGGAGCAGCUUUCUUUGAUCUCACCCCCGCCUGACUUUACAAACACAGAGGAGAUUCUAACAGAGGAGGAGGCAAUUCCCAUGGAGCCAUGGAUUACUAAAAAACCCAAAUGACAGAAGCGAAGGAAGAGAGCAUCUGACCUUUCCACUUGUUGCUGUGACACUCCUGUCAUCAUUUGGGUCCUCCACGUUGUAUGGUUUCAAUCUGGCUGUAGUAAACUCUCCAGCAGCGCACAUCAAAGCCUUCUACAAUGCAACGUGGUACCAACGUUAUGGGCGGGGCCUGUCGCAAAGACCUCUCACUCUCAUGUACUCCCUGACUGUCUCCAUUUUUGCCCUGGGAGGCUUGGUGGGGUCAUUUCCUGUGGGAAUUCUGGUCACCCAAUAUGGGAGGAAUGGCACUUUGAUCCGUAGCAACUUCCUUGUUCUGUUGGCUGGCAUGUUGAUGGGAUUCAGCCGCUACUUGAAAUCCCCUGAAAUGGUCAUUUUGGGGCGCUUCAUCAUAGGGAUUCAUUCUGGCAUCUCUCUCAGUGUGGUACCCAUGUACCUGGGAGAAAUUGCCCCAAAGAACCUCCGGGGAUUCCUGGGCCUGGUUCCAAGCAUCUUCAUUUGUCUGGGGAUCUUUUCUGCCCAAGUCCUGGGCCUUCCAGAACUUCUGGGGGAGGAUGCCUAUUGGCCUCUUUUCCUCUCUGUAGUGGUGGUUCCUGCUCUUCUGCAGCUCAUGCUACUAAAUUGGUUCCCUGAAAGCCCUCGUUACUUGCUUAUUGAGAAAAAUAAUGUCCAUGGAGCUACUGAAGCAUUAAGCUUGUUCCUUGGUAAACAUAAUGUGCAGGAUAUCAUCGAAGAGAUAGAGGAAGAAAAGCAUUCACUUGCCUCAGUGAAAGUUGUGUCUGUAUGGCAACUGCUCUCAGAUCAUUCUGUGCGAUGGCAAGUACUGUCUGUAGUAGUGAUCAACAUGGGUAUGCAGCUCUCUGGAAUUGAUGCGAUCUGGUUUUACACAAAUGCUAUAUUUGAGAAUGCUGGCAUUCCUGAUCCUGAUAUCCCUUACACUACCGUGGGCACUGGUGCUAUUGAGGUUAUUGCUGGCUUAAUAGGCUGUUUUACCAUUGAGAAGGUGGGACGUCGUUCUCUCCUCAUAGUUGGCUUCUGUUUUAUGGGCAUCUGUUGUGCUGGCAUCACCCUGUCCCUGGUGCUUCAGCCAAUUGUGUCCUGGAUGCGCUACUUCAGUGUGGCUUUUGUGAUUGGAAUCAUUGCAGGAUUUUGCAUGGGACCAGCUGGCAUCCCAUUUCUGAUGACAGCUGAACUCUUCAAGCAGUCACAUCGGCCAUCGGCUUAUAUUGUGGGUGGGUCCCUCAACUGGCUCUCGAACUUCACUGUCGGCUUUGUGUUUCCCUUCUUGCAGAUGUCAGCUGGUGCUUUCUGCUACCUGGUCUUCUGCGGUGUCUGCUUUCUAAUUGCACUGUAUGUGUAUUUCAUCAUCCCUGAGACUAAAAAUAAGACAUUUAUGGAAAUCAGCCAACUCUUCACCUCCUCUCGCUCUACCUUCUUCUCUGACUUGCCCGAUUCUUUCAAGAUGAUCAAGUUAAAUGGCUAUGGAACCCUGGAGAACAGCUCCUUGGAAUUCUCUGGAUCAGGAUCAAAUCUCCCAUGAGGCUCUUCAAUUCAUCUUUAUCUCCCUGAACAGGGGAAGCCAUUUUGAUGAGCUGUCUUCUGCCACUGGCCAAGGGAAAAUGAUCUGGCUCCUUGGUUUCCCUCCCCAGUCAAUACAAAAAGAUCCUGUGGAAAAAAAUGGAACAAUAUCUCAUUCCAACCUAAAGAAGUUGCCUCUUAUCACCUCUUAUUUUUAGCACAUGCUACUUUCUACUUUCUUUUACUUUCAUUUCUUUAUUAAAUAAAUUAUAAACAAAUUCAUAA